CAGCCCCUGCAGGAUCACCAGAUCUCUGCUGCUGGGAGCCCUAAAUCCUGCUGGGAGCCCUAAAUCCUGCUGGGAACCCCAAAUCCUGCUGGGAACCCUAAAUCCUGCUGGGAACCCCAAAUCCUGCUGGGAGCCCUAAACCCUGCUGGGAACCCAAAUCCUGCUGGGAACCCCAAAUCCUGCUGGGAACCCUAAAUCCUGCUGGGAACCCCAAAUCCUGCUGGGAACCCUAAAUCCUGCUGGGAGCCCUAAGUCCUGCUUGGAACCCCAAACCCUGCUGGGAACCCUGGAGGGAAUGAAAGGAGGAAUCUGGGACCACCUUGGAGGGAAUGAGAGGAGGAACCUGGAGAACAUCAUUGAAAAAGGAAGAGAAGGAACCUGAGGAUCACCUAGGAGGAAACGAGAGGAGGAACCUGGGGACCAUCCUGGAGGAAAUGAGAGAACAACCUGGGGACCAUCCUGGAGGAAAUGAGAGAACAAGCUGGGGACCAUCCUGGAAAAACAGAGAGAAGGAACCUGGGGAUCAUCCUGGAAAAAGCAAGAGAAGUAACGAGGAGACCACCCUGGAGGAAAUUAGAGGAGAAACCUGUGGACCAUCCUGGAAGGAAUGAAAGAAGGAACCUGGGGACCAUCCUGGAGGGAACCAGAGAAGGAACCUGGGGAUCACCCUGGAGGAAAUUAGAGGAGGAACCUGGGGACCAUCCUGGAGGGAACCAGAGGAGGAACCUGUGGACCAUCCUGGAAGGAAUGAAAGAAGGAACCUGGGGACCAUCCUGGAGGGAACCAGAGGAGGAAGGCCCUGCUGGGCUCCAUCUCCUUGCCCCGAGUCCUCCCUGCCUCCAUCCCUCUCUCAGCGGCGGAAGGAGGGCAGACCAAAGCCUUUCCCAAGAUCCGGAGUCCCUUUGUCCCGGGACAGGGUUUGGCGAGCAGCUCCGGCGUUUUUGGCGAGCGCAACCCGGGACCCAGCGCGGUGACGUCAGGUCCCCGGUCCCCGAUAAGAGCUGUCCUUAUCGCUCGGCUGCCCUUUGAUGUGGCCGCCCAGGGCCGAUCCCGCCGGGUCCCCGCGGCCCGGGGCACAAAGCCGCCCUUGAGGCCGGGCCGGGAGGUGCCCGUGGCCGGCGGAGGUCGGCGGAUCAGAGCCGGCGCUGCCUCCCGGGAUAAAAGCGGCAGCCCCGGCGGCCGUGCCCGGCUGCUGCCGCCUCCCGAGGGCUGCGGGGCACCAUGAAGUGGCUGCCGGUGGUGCUGGCGUGUCUGCAGCUGGCGGAGGGGGCGGUCAGGAUCAGUCUGAGGAAAGGCCUGUCCAUCCGGGACAGGAUGAGGGCAGCUGGGGUGCUGGAUGAUUUCCUGAAGCACAUCAAAUACGAUCCAGUGAAGAAAUACCAGCCCAGCCAGGGCUCCGUGGUGAGGGAGCCCAUAACCAACCACCUGGAUUCCUCCUACUUUGGGGAGAUCAGCAUCGGGGAGCCGCCCCAAAAGUUCCUGGUGCUUUUUGACACUGGCUCCUCCAACCUGUGGGUGCCCUCCACGGACUGCCAGAGUCCUGCUUGCUUCAACCACGCCAAGUUCCAGCCCAGUGCCUCGGCCACCUUCACCCCCAGGGGCCAGUCCUACAACGUGUCCUACGGCAGUGGCUCUGUCACCCUCGUGCUGGGCUCUGACACACUCAGGAUCCAGAGCAUCACAGUGACCGAGCAGGAGCUGGGGCUGAGCCAGGCCGAGCCCACGCAGCCGUUCUACUUCGCAGCCUUCGAUGGCAUCCUGGGCAUGGCCUUCCCCUCGCUGGCCAUGGGGGGCACGGCCACGGCCCUGGGGGGCAUGCUGGAGCAGAACCAGCUGGCUGAGCCCGUCUUCAGCUUCCACUUCUCACGCCAGCCCACCUUCGAGUUCGGGGGAGAGCUCAUCCUGGGGGGCGUGGACCCUCAGCUCUUCCAGGGGGACAUCACCUGGGCACCGGUGACACAGAGGCUCUACUGGCAGGUGGCCCUGGAGGAGGUUGCCACCGGGCAGUCAGUGACCAGCUGGUGCAGCCAGGGCUGCCAGGCCAUCGUGGACACGGGGACAUUUCUGCUGACCGUGCCCCAGCAGUACAUCGAGAGCAUCCUGGAGGCCCUGGGAGCCCAGGAGACCAGCUAUGGGUACGCAGUGGACUGCAGUGACACCCAGAGCAUGCCCCCCCUCACCUUCGGCAUCGGCGGCGCUCGGCUGGCGCUCUCCCCGUCCGCCUACGUCCUGAACAGCAAUGGCUACUGCACCCUGGCCAUCGAGGCCACCUACCUGCCCUCCCAGGAUGGGCAGCCCCUCUGGAUCCUGGGAAACGUUUUCCUGAAGGAAUAUUACACCAUCUUCGACAUGGCCAACAGCCGCGUGGGCUUCGCCCUCUCGGCCUAGAGGAAGCAAAUUCCAGCCCCUCUCCCGGCUCAGGGGGUGACACAGCAUUCCCAGGGACAUUUCUGCCCCUUCCCAUCCCCAUCCCUCGGGAUUUGUGCGCCCACGGAUCCUGUAACAAAUAAACCCUGCCACCCCAAACGGUCUCUGAGCUCCUGGGUUUGUGGGGAGCAGCCUGAGGGGUUCCCUGGCUCACAAUUCCCUGCUCCAGCAAGGUAAGUGCUGGGAUGAGCUGGGAUAAAUCCCCAGGGAGGGGCAGUCCCCACCUCCACCCCUCGGGAAACCUCAGAGGGGAAGCUCCCGAGCCUCCCUGCAGCUGGGAAAGCUCUGCCAAAGCCCUGAGGUGUGUCCAGGAGGGAAUCCUGUGGCUGUGAGGUGAGUCAGGACACCCAAAUGACCCCAGAGGCCUGAAGUGGGGCUGGAAAACUGCACUGGAAUAUCGGGAAUUGGGAGCAGGUGUGGCCCAAGGGGAUGGGGAACACCCCGGGCAGGGGGAAGUUGGGUGACCCCGCUGUUUCCAGAAUUUCUCAGAAGUUCUUUAUCACCAGAGCUGAGUCACGACCCCCAAAUGACCCCUGAGCCCUGAAACGGAGCUGCUCAGCCUGGAAAACCGCACUGGAAUAUCGGGAAUUGGGAGCAGGACCUGCCCAGGCCAAGGCAGAGCCAUCAGGAACCUCGUGGGGAUUUCCCGAGCUUCUGAAGAUUCCCAGCAUCAUUCCAUGGCCAAAAGUUUGGAUGGAAGCUGCCAGCAGGUCUGCGGGCACCUGGGACGCUCCUGCCCAUUCCCAGAACACCAGCAGCAGGAAUUUCCACUUGCUGGAAGGGGCGUGUGUGGCUGUGCCUUUGUUUUCCGGAAAGCUGGGGCUGAAGGCGGGAGAAAAAUCCUUUAAUUGGGUGAUAACGGCGGCGUUUGGCUUUUAAUCGGUGUCCGUGCUUGGUCUGGGGGUCAGGAGGGACAUCGGGGUGGAUGUGGGGACAUCAGGGUGGAUGUGGGGACAUCGCCCCCCGGCCAGGGCCACAAACAGCUGGAGGAUCGCGGUGCAAGGAGGGGUAAAACCCUGGGGUGAGGAGCUCCGUGAGCCCCGUGUGAUCCCAGCCCAAAGGGAUGCAGGAUCCUGGUGCUAAGGGAUGUAGGAUGAUGGUCCGAAGGGAUUUAGGAUUGUGGUCCAAAGGGAUUUAGGAUCGUGGUCCAAAGGGAUUUAGGAUCCUGGUGCAAGGAGCUCCACGAUCCCCCUGUCUUCCUAAUCCAAAGGGAUGCACCAUCCUGGUUCAUGGGACUGCACAACCCCAACACAGCGCUGCCUUCACCUCCCACCCCGUCCCUCCUCUCCCGACCCGUUUUUGGGGUGGAAACAGCCACUUUGGAGGAGAAAACAAACAUUUUUGGGGAGGACGCCCCCCUGUUUCAGGGCAGGAAAGCGCCAAGCCCAAACUCCCGC